GCGGUAGGCAACCAUUCCGCCACCACAUCCACCCCCACCACCAUUCGCCAAUCAUCGACACCACUACCUUCACCACUCGCCGAUCAUCAUCAUCGCCACCUCCACCACUCGACAGUCGCCACUACCGCUGUCCGCUCUAGUUGUGGACCUGCAGUGGUAGUCGUGAUGUCCGCGGCCGCGUUCCAAAUUUAACUCCGCACGCACGCACGCCGCACGGCACCUUGCUAAAACAAUAACAACAAAAGACUACGCGACGUCCGACGAUUUUUUCGCAAACAACCUAUUUUGAUUUUAAUAAUAUGCCGCGAAAGCCUCUUCGAGUAUAAUUUAAUACCUACAUUACGAUGUCUGGUGUCGUCAGUGGUUCGUGACGCAAAUAUUUUUCGCCAGCCCUCCGGUGAUUUGGAACUCAUUCGGUUUCGACAAAAAUAUUAGGUAUAAUAUAAGAAGUAACAAAAAAACUGGCUGUGCGCGCGAUGACCGCAGCGCCAAUGGUUAUUCGGUAUUCGGACGACUCCGUCGUCGUCGAGUCUUCGUCGUGACGACAGGUGGACGCGAACACAAGAGUGCCGACUCCCGAUUGUUAUCGGUCUGAUUGUUUAAUGGCACCACGGAGCAGAAGUGAUUGAUUGUGACGGUUUGCAGUGUCUUGUGUAUAAAAGAGUCCAAAGAGUCCGGAUUCGUGAACUGCCGCCGAAGACGUGUGACGGGAUGGAAAUCGAUGAGCAUCAGACGCCGACCGACGAUGUCUUAGCCUCCGCAAAUCACAUCGACCGUUCUUCGAUCGUAAUAUAGACCGACCACAAAGUCACUCGCAAGAAGACUUCACUGUCAAAUAUACCAAAAUGUCUUCCCAAGUAGAUUACCAAUGGGCAUAUACAAUAAUGGAUUCAUCUCGGGUCUCCACAUUUUUGAUAUCUAUUCUGUUAAUUGUUUAUGGCAGUUUCAGAUCUUUAAAUAUGGAACAGGAAGCCAGAGAAAGAGAAAAAGAAAAAUCUAAGAACUCCAACGGAAGCUCUGUGUGCUUAACAGAUAUUAGUAAGCAAAAACAAGAUGUUCAAACACUGGAUACCAUGCAAGCUUUGUGUUUGCCUCUAGGAGCUUCAAUAUCAUUGUUAGUCAUGUUUUUCUUUUUUGAUUCUAUGCAAAUGUUAUUUGCUAUAUGCACUGCAAUUAUUGCUACUGUUGCGUUGGCAUUUCUUCUGCUGCCCAUGUGCCAGUACAUUAUUAAUCCUUGCUCGGAUGGAAACAAGAUCUCUUUCGGUAUAUGUGGUCGUUUUACUAUGGCUGAGCUGCUGUCUUUUUCAAUGGCAUUGUUUAUAGUUUGUAUCUGGGUACUGACUGGACAUUGGUUGUUAAUGGACGCAAUGGGAAUGGGACUCUGUGUAGCAUUUAUUGCCUUUGUCCGACUUCCUAGUCUUAAAGUGUCCACUCUUCUGUUGACUGGUCUUUUGAUCUAUGAUGUUUUCUGGGUGUUUUUCUCAUCAUACAUAUUUAACACCAACGUUAUGGUCAAAGUGGCAACAAGGUCAGCAGAAAAUCCUGUCGGAGUAGUGGCUCGAAAGUUACACAUUGGCGGAGUUGCCAAAGAAGCACCAAGGUUAUCUCUUCCUGGAAAAUUAGUGUUUCCCAGUAUUCAUAAUGGGCGAUUUUCAAUGCUUGGGCUCGGGGAUAUAGUUAUGCCGGGUCUAUUACUGUGUUUCGUGAUGCGGUAUGAUGCAUAUAAGAAAUCUCAGCUUCUACAUUUCGGGGAAACUGGCGUUCCACCUCCAAGACAUCUUGGCAGAAUAAGUUACUUCCACUGUUCGCUAAUCGGAUACUUUCUGGGCCUAGUUACCGCUACAGUGUCUUCGGAAAUUUUUAAAGCAGCUCAGCCAGCACUACUUUAUUUAGUUCCAUUUACACUGUUGCCUCUUUUGACCAUGGCUUAUUUAAAGGGUGAUUUAAGAAGAAUGUGGAGUGAACCAUUUAUAAUACAACAGCCUUCCAAACAUAUGGACGUAUAGUCUGCGGUAGCAUUUACUACUAUUAUGUAUAUUUAUUUUUAGAACCAUUUUUGUACAAUUUUCUCUUUUAAUUAUUUUGUGUAAUAGAUCUAUAUAAUAUGGUUUACCCUUUCUACUUGAAGGGAUAUUUAAAAAAUACAAUGAUAGGUCUUAUGUUUUCUGAAACCAAGGUAUACUUUUACAAAUUAUUUCUUUUCCCAAUAUGAUCUUUUUAUCAAUUAAGAGAUUGUGAUGUUUGUUAAAUUCCAUCUUGUGUUUCUAUUUAUGCACUCAUCGAUGACACAUAAUAUGCCGAUCAAAUUUAUAUAAUAUUUAUACAUUUACAUUUUUUCAUACUAUAUAAACUUUUCGUUAGGAAGGGACUUGUCUUGUUAGUUUAAAAUAAUGGAGGUGGCUAAGUGUUAAAACAUUUAAAUAAAUCACUAAUUAUUAUUACUGCCCUUCAAAGUAUCAACUAUCCACUACUUUAAAAAUAUACAAUAUACAUAUUUUAAUUUUUCAGCAAAUUAUGAGAUCUGUUUAUUAUAUUUGUUAGUAAAUAGUAUUCCAUUAAGAAUAACAUUUAAAGAUUCAUACAAAUGUUUUUCAAAGUAAGAUUUUUUCUUUAAUUUUAUUUCAUAUUAUUUUUUGCUAUUGUGGAAAAUAUUGAGAAAAGCUAAAUUUAAUAAAUUAUUAUGGUAUUUGAUUAAAAGUAACAGCUUAAGCAUUAUAUUUGCACAAUUUACGCAGCUAUUAUAGUUUUCUGGAAUCUCUUAUGUGUGUAGAAAAUAUUGUUUAGAGUUUUUGAUUUGAGAUUUAUUUGUACGAUAUGAAUUUGAUAUUUUGACAAGAGUUUGUUAUCAAACUAAAUGAACGACGAGAAGUUUACCUAAGACUGAUUUAUUUUCUUUUUUCUUUAGUAUUAUUA